UCCCAGUCCUCUGCUCCAGUCCGGCUCCAUGAUGAAGGACUUGACAGUUUUCUGAUCUUUUCUCUUCCUCUCUUCACAUCGUUGAAAAAUGGCUGAUGAAGUAGAGAAAUCUCCCCUGCUCUGUGCGGAGGCUGAGCUUCACCACUCCUCCAUGGCAGACAAUGUCCCGUCUGCUCCACCCUAUCAUGCAGAGGCUCCUCCUCCAUACUGGGUGGUUCCAGCUGUUGGCUCCGCCUCUCUGUGCUGUGGCGUGUGUGGAGCUCAGAUUGCGCUGAAUGCUAACAGAAGCCAGUAUAUAGUGAAGUGUGGGGUUUGUCAGGAGGCCACGCCCUUGAGGAGUCCCCCUGCAGGAAAGAGGUUUGUUCGAUGUCAGUGCCAUUGUCUCCUGAUCUGUAACAUCUCCUCUCAGAGAGUGGCGUGUCCUCGUCCUCAGUGUAAGAGAGUGAUGGAGCUGACGGGUUCAAGCAGUGUUGUGGUGCAGGGUUACGGGACACGAGCCAUCUGUGGCCACUGCAGCCAAACCUUCCUGGGACCUCGAUCAGGAGAAAAGCAGCGUGUUCGAUGUCCUCACUGCCGUGAAGUGAGUUUUAUUGGACAGGACUACCCCAUGAAGCGCUGUGUUUACUUCUCCCUGCUGGCCGUCUUCUUUGCCGUCAUCGCUGGAGGACUGAUCGCUGCCACGGUGAAGGAGGCGAGGGAUUACAACGCCGUCUACGCUCUCUGGACAUUUUUGGUGCUGUUGUGUUUGGGCUGUGCGUGCGGAGCCGUGUACUGGGCUCGGAUUAAAAUCAGCACACCUGUACAGAGUCCAUCUGUCUGAUGGCCAGUGGAAGACAUCUGAGCAUCCAGGAUGUUCUGUCAGGCUCGAGAAUCAGGUGUUAGGUUUCAUCAAGAACUUCAUCAGUCUAAUGACAAACUCUACUGUUUAAUCAUGUGUAAUGCUUUCCAUUUUAAAGAAGAAAAUGAUCAAUAGUUUAUAGAGUGGAGUCAAAAAGGUGGGAUUUAAAUAAAAUACAAUAAAAUGAAAUAGAUUGAGAUAAAGGAGGUGGAAUAAAAUAAGGUACAAUGCGAAUGGCUGUGUAAAAUAGAGUAUGGACACUCAAGUGGACUGACCAGUGCAAGAUAAACACUUAUGAAGGUUUAUAACGUGCAUUAAUGUGAAAAUUAUGCCAUUGUAGCCACACGCUAAUUAUCCAGAUGCUAGCUUUAACAGAUCUGCAGACUGACUGACUUUGUCUUUUUAAUCAUUUCUAAUGUUGAAUUUGUUGAUUCUACAUUUUAACGUGUGAUUGUUCAGAAUCAGAAAUAAAUUGAUCAGAUUUAAUGAAUGAUCUUUAGAAAUUUCUAUAAAUAAAUCCGAUGAGGUUUGUAUUGUUUACAUUAAUAUAUAUUUGAGCAACAACAAUAAAGAAGUCAUGAUUUUUUAA